GGUUCUGCAGCAGAGGUUGCCAUGUAUCCCAGGAUUAAAAACCUCGCACUUUACGCCUUUUCGGUCAUGCUGCUGGCGUGGGUUUUUUACAUGAAGAAAGAGGCAAAGUUGGCAGCGUCGCCAGCAGACCAGAAAGUGGAUGUAGCGAAUCACAAACCAAAGUCUUUGGUUCUGGACAAUGCUGAACCCAGCAAGUGUUUGCCAAACUUGACCCUUGCCAAUUCUUCUCUCACCCUCCCAGAGCUUCACCAUGUCUUCUUAACAUACAGGCACUGCCGGAAUUUCUCUGUUCUGCUGAAGCCUUCCAGGUGUAGCAAAGAGACGUUCCUCUUGCUGGCGAUCAAGUCUUCCCCGAUCAACAUAGAGCGGCGGGUGGCAAUCAGGAACACGUGGGGGAAGGAGGUCUCCAUCGGUGGCAAGCGCAUCAGGCUGAUAUUCCUUCUAGGGCGCUCGGAGGCCAAAAUCCAGGUACAGCCCCCGCACCAGCUGCUGGCUUACGAGAGCCAGGAGUUUGAUGACAUCUUGCAGUGGGAUUUUGUUGACAACUUCUUCAACUUGACCCUCAAGGAGCUGCAUUUCCUCCGCUGGUUCAUGGAGGACUGCCUGCACACCAGGUUUGUGCUGAAGGGUGAUGACGAUGUCUUUGUCAACACUUACAACAUUGUUGAGUUCCUCCAAGAGCUGGACUCAGAACAGGAUCUCUUUGUUGGGGAUGUGAUCGCCAAUGCCCGGCCCAUCAGGAACACCAAGGUCAAAUACUUUAUUCCAGAGUCCAUGUACAGAGCCCCCUUCUAUCCUCUCUAUGCGGGCGGAGGGGGCUAUGUAAUGUCUAGAGAGACAGUGCGCCGCCUCCAGAGCACCGCAGAGGACAUGGAGCUCUUCCCGAUAGAUGAUGUCUUUGUGGGAAUGUGUCUGGCAAAGAUGGCAGUGACCCCAAAGAACCACGCUGGCUUUAAGACUUUCGGGAUCCAGAGACCUUUCAAUCCUUUUGAUCCGUGCUUGUACAAAGAGCUGAUGAUUGUGCACAAACUAAACCCAACCGAGAUGUGGAUCAUGUGGACGCUGGUAAAGGAUGACAGCAUUAGGUGUGCGGUGUCAGUAACGCACAACUACAGAAGGGAUUGGAAAAGAAGCUACUGAUGAGCACAGCGGGAUUGUGACUGGUGACAGAUCCAGGGUACUUAAACUAAAAAUCAGGUUGUGGUAGAAACGUGUCCUCUACUAACAGACUGUACUUGAGCCAUAAGGGUUUGUUUUGCAGUAAGUCUUUUUCUAUCGGUGGGUUACUGAAGCAGUUGAAUUGUCACAGGGCGGGGAUGGGGCCGGUAGCUCGGUGAGACACGGUGCAGGGGACUCGGCUCGGUUCUUCCCAGCCAGACUGGAGCCAGGGGAAGUCACAAGUGCCGCAGGGACGUGUGCGAGGGGCCACCUGCUAUGGAGGCUCCGCAACACCGGGGCUGGUGUCUGACCGCCGGCCAAAUUCAGUCUCGUGUAGGAAACCUGAUGAUGACUAAUGGGUGACAGAGCACUUGAAAUUACUUGAAGGGGUGGAAGAGAAAGGCCAGUGUGUGCUGCUGGGUCCACUGCAGUGCAACUCUGCUGUCCCAGCCCAGCAAUCCCACAGGUCCUACCGGACAGCAGGAGAAAGGCGAUGGAGUGAGGGGGAAAAAAAAAAAAGCCUCAAAAAUGUAUUGCCGUAACACAGCACGAUGAUCCAAGGGACUGGGCUCCGACUCCAGCCCUUUGGAUUUUACAGAAGUUUAUUACAGGUUUACUUGCACUGGAAGCUUUUGCACAAACACUUCAUGAUGGGGUUUGAGAGGCGCAAUAUGUCUUGAAUAAUCACGGUGGUAGUUACAGUGGCUGUAGCUUUUCAUGUUGCGUGGGAGGUGUUUGGGUUUUUGUUGUUGUUGUAACG